AUGCUGCCAAGUCGGGGAAUUCUUCGAUUUUUCCGAAGGAUUCAUGUUUCGGCAGCAACUUCUUCCUCAACAACACCAUCGAGAUUUCCAAAUUCGCGAAGGAAGAAGAAUGCAGUUCGAAACAAAAACAUUGAGGAUCUGGUUGAGCCGAAAAAAGUGAAACAUCUUGCCGCGCAGGCAAUCGGAAUGGAAGAUUGGAUUGUUGGAUUGGAUAAAACAACAAUCGAAAUGGCACUGGAUGAAUUUAUGAGACGACCAAUGGUUAGACAACUUGCGCAAGAAAACGGGAUAAAUGAUAAACUUUUUAUGCGCGCGUUUCGAAGUUUUAAAGAAUAUUGUACACCGGAAGAUUUGAGUUCAGUAGAUUCAGGAUUACUCAUUUUAUUCAGUGAUAUUUCAAAAGGCGAAAAAGACGUCGAAAUUCUCUAUUCAUUUUUUCUCGAUCACGCAAAACAAGUCUUCCCACAUCUCGAAGCAAUGGAUGAUCUUCGAAUCAUUUCCGAUCUAACAAAACCACACAAUUGGUAUCCUGAAGCGAGAUCAUUGACAAGGAAAAUCUAUUUUCAUGCAGGCCCAACAAAUUCGGGUAAAACUUAUCAUGCUUUGAAGAGGUUUAACGAGGCGAAAAGUGCGGUUUUCUGUGGACCUUUGAAAUUGUUGGCGACUGAAGUAUUUCAUAAAAGUAAUGAAUUGGGAGUUGCUUGUGAUUUGGUGACUGGAGAGGAAAGAAGGUUUGCGAAAGAUAAUCAUCAUCCAGCACAACAUCUUUCGUCUACUGUUGAAAUGCUUUCAACGCAGAUGAGAGUUGAGGUAAGUCGGAAAAAUUUCCAAAAUUCAUCAAUUCAGCUUGAAAUUUACGAAGUCUUAUGUUUUAAAGUUGAAAAAUUGAGCUUGAAGUAUUUUAAUAAAAUUUUUCCAGAAACUUUUCCAAGAAUCUAGAAUCAAGCUCAAGAAAAUGCACAAAUUCAUGCUCAGAAUCCACCUGGAAAUCAUUUCCAAGCUCAAGCUCAAAAUUUAGCUGGAAAAAUUUCUCAAGCUGAAAUUACAGCGGGAAAUUUGGCUGGAAAUCUUAACCAAGCUCAGAAAUCUGCUGAAAUUCCACCACUAGCCAAAGCCCAAUCAAAUUUUCAAUCUGAAGCUGAAAUUGGCACCAGGACCGCCAAAUUUCGAGCUGUAAUUUCAGAUUGAGGAAUAUUUUCAGCUAAAUUUUGAGCUUGAGCUUGGAGAUGAUUUCCAGCAGGAUUCUGAGCAUCAAUUUGUGCAUUUUCUUGAGCUUGAUUCUAGAUUUCUGCAAAAAUUUCCAAAAUUCAUCAAUUCAGCUUGAAGUUUAGGGAGUUUUAUGUUUUAAAGUUGAAAAUUGAGCUUGAAGUAUUAAUUUGGCGGAUUUUUGAGUCUGAAAUCGAUUUUCAGCAGGUUUUCGAGCUACGUGAAGAUUUCCAGCUAAAUUUUAAGCUUGAGCUUGGUGGGACCUGAAAAUGCUUCUAGAUUUCUUUCCAAAAUUUCCAAAAUUCAUCAAUUUUGAAGUUUACGGCUCAAAAUCAAUCAAAUUUUUCCAGGUGGCAGUCAUCGAUGAAAUCCAAAUGCUGCGCGACGAGCAACGUGGCUGGGCUUGGACUCGCGCACUUCUAGGCGCCGCCGCCGACGAAGUUCAUCUUUGCGGUGAACCAGCCGCAAUCGAUAUUGUCAAAAAGUUGCUCGAACCAAUUGGUGAAACUGUCGAAGUUCGAUAUUAUGACAGAAAAACACCGCUAACAAUUGCGGAUAAAGCUAUUGAAUCUUAUGAUAAUGUAUGGUUUUUCUGGGGUGAUUUAGGGGGAAAAAACCUAUUUUUUGACUUUUUUUCAUUGAAAGACGAAAUUUUUCGUCAAAAAAUAUUUUUUUUUCAAAAAUCCAUCCAAAUAACCUUUGUAUCUAGAUUGAACCCGGCGAUUGUAUCGUGUGUUUUUCGAAAAAGCACAUUUUCUACAAUUCAAAAAAACUGGAAGAGCACGGCAUCAAACCGGCAGUGAUCUAUGGAGAUUUACCGCCGGGCACCAAAUUGGCACAAGCUGCCAAGUUCAACGAUCCCAAUGAUCCUUGCAAUGUCCUGGUGGCAACUGAUGCAAUUGGAAUGGGAUUGAAUUUGAAUAUUCGGAGAGUGAUUUUCAAUAGUUGCACGAGACAGAAUGAAUUGCUUCCCACUUAUUCGGCGCUGCAAAUUGCGGGAAGAGCGGGAAGGUUUGGAACGGCUUAUGCGAAUGGGGUGACAACUACGUUGAGAUCACAGGAAUUGGCAACAUUGAAGACGAUUCUGGCGCAGAAGGUGGGAAUUUGAAUUUUUUUGUAAUCUUGGGACCUUUUAGGAUGACAAUUUUGGUUUAAAAUAAAAUUUCAGCCCUAAUUUUCAGCCUGAAAGGUCCCUGGUUUUUUCAAAUUCAUCCUUUAAAUUGUUAUUUCAGAUCGAGCCAAUCACAAAUGUCGGAAUUGCCCCAACUUAUGAUCAAAUUGAAACAUUCUCUUUCCACUUGCCUCAAGCUUCUUUUGUCAGACUUUUGGAUUUGUUUGUCUCAGGUAUGUAACCCUCAUUCCUCCCUUUCUCUUAAAAUUCAAAAAAAAUUCCAGUCUGCUCGGUAUCGAAUCAUUUUUUCAUUUGCACAGUCGACGAUAUGCGCGAAUUGGCGGUUCUCAUCGAUCAAAUUCCACUUCCGCUCAAAGUUCGCUACACAUUUUGCACGUCGCCAUUGAAUACUGAUGAUAAAAUGCCGGCGGCCGCGUUUGUCAAAAUGGCUAGGAGGUGGGGGGAAUUUUGGGGAAUUUAAAAAUUGGGUAUUUUUGUUCUAAUUUUGAUGAAAAAUUGGGGAAAGUCUGAAGUUUUUGAUGAUUUUUCAAACUUGUUUCUGAACUUUUCAAAUUUCACUCACAGAUUCACAGGCAAAUUUUAACAAAAAAUAUAAUUUCUGAAAAUUAAUUUUUGAAAUCCUGAUUUUUCAAGCCAAAUUGAAAAAAGUUGACUUUAAAAUAUUUUUUAAACAUUUUUUGUAGAAAUUUGAAAAAUCUGAAGUUUUUCAUGAUUUUUCAAACUCGUUUUUGAACUUCUAAAAUUUCACGUGUCAAAAAUCAACUUACAGAUUCACAGGCGAAAUUUAACAAAAAUUAUAAUUUCUGAAAAUUUUGAAAUCCUGAUUUUUUAAGCCAAAUUGAAAAAAUUGAAAAAAAGUUGACUUUAAAAUAUUUUUUUUUUACAUUUUUUUCGUAGAAAUUUGAAAAUUCUGAAGGUUUUGAUGAUUUUUCAAACUUUUUUCUGAACUUCUAAAAUUUCACGUGUCAAAAAUCAACUCACAGGCAAAAUUUAACAAAAACUGUAAUUUCUGAAAUUAAUUUUUGAAGCUCUUCAUAAUUAUUCGUGAAUUCUGGGCCAAAACUAUCAUUUCUAAAAAAAAUUUUGAAAAAAAAUAACUGACAAUGAGAAAUUCUACUUUUCAAGAAAUUUGAAAUUUUCGAGGAAAAUUCUUGGAAUUUCUUCCAAAAAAUCCACGAAUUCCACGGAAAAAUGUUCAGAUUCUCAACUGGUCAAGCUCUAACUUAUGAAUGGAUGAUGGAUAUGAUCGAAUGGCCUCCAGCACCAGCCACCAAUUUACGCGAACUCGUUUUCCUCGAACAAACCUACGAAAUUCUCGAUCAAUACAUGUGGUUAUCAAUGCGUUUUCCUGACAUGCUUCCAGAUGAACCUGCAAUUCGAGAAGCAAGUCGACAAUUAGAUCAAAUGAUUCAAGAAGGUGUUGAUAGUUUUAUGAGUUUGAUUGGACCUGGAGAGAAUUUGAAGAGAGCUGAGAAAUCUUCAAGACCAUCGGAACCACCAAGAACGGAGAAAAAAUCGAUACUUGAAAAACUAUUGAAACGCGCUGAUUUGUCGGAUUUGGAUUUAGAGCAACUUCGAGAGGAAUUAAAUAAAGCUAAGAAAUAG